ACAGCAGGAGGAGCAAACAGUGAGGAACCCUGAAAGUGAAACUAUUCAGUCAGACUCCAUUUUGAAGUCAACAGAGCAGAAGGAUUAAAACAGUCUGAGGCAGGACUCCAGAAGAUGAAUGAUUUGGAGGAAGAGGUGGACGGAGCAGAGUCUCUAAUAUCCGGCCGUCUGUCGAUGAAGAGUGAUUGGUCCAAAGGUUCACUUCCAUACUUCAGUAAUGAACCUCUACCCUCAGACACAAAACUCCAGAAGAUGAAUGAUUUGGGAGAAGAGGAGGACGGAGCAGAGUCUCUGAUAUCCGGCCGUCUGUCGAUGAAGAGCGACUGGUCCAAAGGUUCUCUUCCAUACUUCAGUAAUGAACCUUUACCCUCAGACACAAAAGGUCAGCUCCACAGACAGAGAGCAGAGUCUCUGAUAUCCGACCAUCUGUCGAUGAAGAGCGACUGGUCUAAAGGUUCACUUCCAUACUUCAGUAAUGAACCUGGACCCUCAGACACAAAAGGUCAGCACCACAGACAGAGAGCAGAGUCUCUAAUAUCCGGCCGUCUGUCGAUGAAGAGCAACUGCUCCAAAGGUUCUCUUCCAUACUUCAGUAAUGAACCUUUACCCUCAGACACAAAAGAGAGGAGGAGGAGGAGUGUUUCUGUGGAGGAGCAGCAGUCCUGCUGUUCUUUGUGUCAGGACGUCCUGAAGGAUCCAGUCUCUACCAGCUGUGGACACUGGUUCUGCAGACAGUGCAUCAGCUCAUACUGGGACCAGUCUGCUUCAUCAGGAGACUCCUCCUGUCCCCAGUGUGGAAAAAGAUCCAGAACAAGACCUGGACUGCAGACUGACAGUGAGACUAGCACUGUACAAAUAGAAAGUGGUCUGCAAGAGGUUUUAGAUAAACAUAAGAUCAGUCUGAAGACGAGAUGUGAAUGUGUGACUGAAGGAACUGAUGUAGCAAGAAGUGAAACCCUCCUCAACAGGAUCUACACUGAGCUCUACAUCACAGAGGGACGGAGUGAAGACGUUAAUACCCAACAUGAGGUGAGGCAGCUUGAGACAGCUUCCAAGAUGAAGACCCUCCAUGACACUCCAAUCAAGUGCCACGACAUCUUUAAACUCUUGCCUGACCAAAUGGAACACAUCAUCAAAGUUGUUCUGACGAACGGUGUCGCUGGUGUUGGAAAAACCUUCUCAGUGCAGAAGUUCACUCUGGACUGGGCAGAGGGCUUAGAAAACCAAGAUGUCAGUCUGGUGAUUCUGCUUUCAUUCAGGGAACUGAACUUGAUCAAAGAUGAGCAGUAUAGUCUGCUCACGCUGAUCCAGGUUUUCCAUCCAACAUUACAGAAGAUCACAGCUGAGAAGCUCGCUGUCUGUAAAGUUUUGUUCAUCUUUGAUGGGCUGGAUGAAAGCAGACUUUCACUGGAUUUCAACAACAUGAAGGUCGUGUCUGAUGUCACACAGCAGUCAUCAGUCAACGUGCUAUUGACAAACCUCUUCAAUGGGAAUCUGCUUCCCUCAGCUCUCAUCUGGAUAACUACUCGACCUGCAGCAGCCAAUCAGAUCCCUCCUACAUAUGUUGACAGGGUAACAGAAGUACGAGGCUUCACUGAUGCCCAGAAGGAGGAGUACUUCAAGAAGAGAUUCAGUGAUGAAGAUGAAGAGCUGUCCAGCGGAAUCAUCUCACACAUUAAGACAUCCAGGAUUCUCCACAUUAUGUGUCACAUCCCAGUCUUCUGCUGGAUCGCUGCUACAGUUCUGGAGCACAUGUUGACUACAGACCAGAGAGGAGAGCUGCCCAAGACCCUGACUGACCUGUACUCACACUUCCUGCUGGUUCAGACAAAGAGGAGGAAGCAAAAGUAUGAUGAGGGACAUGAGACAAGUCCACAGGAGCUGACGGAUGCUGACAGGGAAGUUCUUCUGAAGCUGGGGAGGCUGGCAUUUGAACAACUGGAGAAAGGAAACAUCAUGUUCUACCAAGAAGAACUUGAGCAGUGUGGUCUUGAUGUUGCAGAAGCCUCUUUGUUAUCUGGAUUUUGUACAGAGAUCCUCAAAAGAGAGAAUGUGAUCUUCCAGAAAACAGUCUACUGCUUUGUUCAUCUGAGCGUACAGGAGUUCCUGGCUGCAGUCUACAUGUACCACUGUUUCACCAGCAGGAACACUGAGGUACUGGAGGGCUUUCUGGGAAAAGACUACAAACACAGGGAAACAAAACAAAAGUCUUUUCUCAAGAAGACUUCUGCUAAUUUUAGAAACAAUGAUGGCCGUGACCCAUCUCUGGAUCACUUCCUGAUGGGUGCCAUGGAGAAAGCUCUCAAAAGUAAAAAUGGCCACCUGGAUCUGUUUGUCCGCUUCCUUCAUGGCCUCUCUCUGGAGUCCAACCAGAGUCUCUUAGGAGGCCUGCUGGGUCAGACAGAGAACAGUCCAGAAAUCAUCCAGAGAGGCAUCAAUAACCUGAAGAAGAUGAACACUCGUUAUACCUCUCCUGACAGAAGCAUCAACAUCUUCCACUGUCUGAUGGAGAUGAACGACCGCUCAAUACAUCAGGAGAUACAAGAGUUCCUAAAGUCAGAGAACAGAUCAAAGAAGGAACUCUCCGAGAUCCACUGCUCAGCCCUGGCCUACAUGCUGCAGAUGUCAGAUGAGAUUCUAGAUGAGUUGGACCUGAAGAAGUACAACACAUCAGAGGAGGGACGACGGAGACUGGUCCCAGCUGUGAGGAACUGCAAAAAGGCUGUACUUUCUGGCUGUGGACUCUCAAAGGCUCACUGCGAAGUUCUUGCCUCAGCUCUGAAGUCCAACCCCUCCUAUCUGAGAGAGCUGGGCCUGAGCUCCAAUGAUCUGCAGGAUUCAGAAGUGAUGCUUCUAUCUGCUGGACUGGAGAGUCCAAACUGUAGACUGGAGACUCUGAGAUUGAGUUACUGCAAUUUGUCAGAGAUCAGCUGUGCUUCUCUGGCGUCAGCUCUGAAGUCCAACCCCUCCCAUCUGAGAGAGCUGCAGCUAAAUGAAAACAAGCUGCAGGAUUCAGGAGUGAAGGUGCUGUGCGAUUUUCUAGGGAGUCCACAAUGUAGACUGAAGACUCUAAGAUUGUGGGACUGCAGUUUGUCAGAGAUCAGCUGUGCUUCUCUGGCCUCAGCUCUGAAGUCCAACCCCUCCCAUCUGAGAGAACUGCAACUGAGUGAAAACAAUCUUAAGGAUUUGGGAGUGAAGCUGCUGUGUGAUUUUCUGGAGAGUCCACACUGUAGACUGGAGACUCUGAGAUUGAGUUACUGCAGUUUGUCAGAGGUCAGCUGUGCUUCUCUGGCCUCUGCUCUGAAGUCAAACCCCUCAUCCCAUCUGAGAGAGCUGGAGUUGUGGGGAAACAACUUGCAGGACUCAGACGUGAAGCUGCUGUGUGACCUUAAGGAGAGUCCAGACUGUAGACUGGAGACUCUGAGCUGGAAGUUACGAUCUCUGUAAGAGUGAGUGAACAUCCAGGAGUGUGUGUUGAGAGAGGAUCAGCUGUAUCCUGAUGAUCCAUCUGGACUGGAGUCUGGAUCUGGAUUCUGUCAUCUUCACUUAAGUCCCCUAACUGACCACAAACUGAACAAUUAUCACUGGAUUUUGUUGAAGUGAACACUUUACAAAUGUAUUAUACAUGAACUGUUUGAUGCAGAAAAGAUAAAAAAAACAAGUAUUGUAAGUCAGAUUCUCACCCUGGGCCCAUAUUUAUCAAGCGUCUCAGAAUCGCACUGAAAGUUAACUGAGGACUAAAACUAAUUCAUGAAGCAGAAGAGAAUUUACUGUGACUGUCAGCAGGAGAAGGAUUACUCCUGGGAGAGAGUGAGACGUCGCUGUUUUACCACAGUCAGAGCAGCAAAGUAGAAAUAAUGAUGACGUGUUGUAGUUUUCUCACAGUCUCGGCUGGAAAUAGUAAACAGUGGUAAUUUGGUAUAUUAUGUAUAUAGGGGGUAACCAGGCAGGUAACUUACUAAGGUUAGAUAACAAAACUAUUAUGCCAAAAUUUAUUAUAAGAUGAUAUUUACAAAUCGUAAAGAAAGCCUGAGAAAUAAAUGUAGCCUUUACGUUAAUUAAGAUAACAAGUAAUUUGACUCAGCCUUGUGAAAUUAUCUUGGUUCAGCCACAUGGUGUCAUAGCCUGUAAUAGUGCUGCAUCUUGCACAUAUUGCACAGAGACAUGUUGCAAACCGUCUCUAUGAAGAACAUCUUCUCUUCCACUGUCCCAUACCUCUUUCAACUACACCCCAAGUUAACUUCUGUUCUCUACGUGAAGGUAAAUACACAUAACAACAGAAACAUAUAUUAUUAAGGUGCAUCCUCUGCUCUCAAAUAUCAGGCUGUAGCUCUGCUGUUAUUUGAAGUAGUCUAAAUAAAAAAAUAACCCUAUAAAAUAUUUGACCUGUUGUAAUGAAACGAGAUGAGAUAUCCUUCAUUAUGCAGCUGACAUGAUUGUGUUCAAAUAAAAGUUUUAGUGGGCUGUAACUGAGGACCCUCGUCAUGCCCAUCAUCUUUACAACGUGCAUUCAGCCAGAUCAAAGUUUGAUUCAUGACUGCCAUCAUUGUCGGUUCUGACAGAAUUGUCACUGUUGCACAGCUGCAUUUUCUCCGUUACGAUAAAGUGUAACACUGUGAGGACAUUUUGUAUUUAUUUAAAUGUUCUGUAGAAACUUCAUGUGUCAGUCACACAAAGUCAGUCUCACAAAUCAUUCUGUUUUUGCCCAAACAAUCUUUUAAUAAGCUCUCUGUCAUCAAGCGUUCCCAAAACAUCUCUCCUCUCAGGGAAUAUCUCUGCCUGAACUCCAUCUCCUGCAGUUCCUAAAUAUUGGCAGAGAUAGGAAUCAUUUACCAAGUUUGAAAAGUUGCUGAAAUGCUUUUUCUCUUAAAAGUAGGACCAGAGAUGCGUCACUCUGAUCAUUUUUGGCCAGUUAGGAGUGAUUUCUUGCUCUGAGACGCUUGAUAAAUACGGGCCCAAAUGUGACAGAUGUGAUAGAUUGGAUGUCCACAAAUUUCAUUCAGUUAAAUUCUGAAAGAAUGUAUCAUUGGUCCAGAAAACCUGCAUGCAGGUCAAAUCAUAUCUUGGUUCUGUUGAUAACAACAUCAAGCCUGUGGUGAAAAACUUUGUAUUUUUUGAUUCCAGCCUAAGUUUGAUGAUCAUAUCAGCAGCUCGUCCAGUCCUGUUUUCACCAUUAAAACAUAUUAAAAUUUAACUAAAACCAGGAAAAGAGAUCAUAUUACUCCAUUUCUAUCAUUGCUUCUCUGGUUACCUGUUUGUUUUAUGAUUGAUUGUAAAGAUUUGAUCAAUUACUUUUAAAGGGUCUUCAUGGCUCCAGAUUACAUUUCAGAGUUGCUCUGUAUGUAAAUAUUAAGGUAUCUAGCUUUUAUAUGCAAAAAAGUAAGUAUCCUGUAAGUAAAGACUGGUGAGCCAUCAGGUGGCUUUGACAAUAACUAUAUAAGUUAAACUUGUAGGUGAGAUCGUGUGAUCCAGCUGUGUGAUCCAGCCCUAUCCAAUCACAUCCUUUACAUCUUUUUUUCUACAUUGGUGCAGCAUCUUGCAUGUAUUGUACAACGCUGCACACAGCAAUAAUGAUACAAACUGUGGGCACUUCAUUAAAAACAUGAAAUGUAUCUUCUCCACUGUCCAACUCAUCUCCAGCUAAACCUCCCGUUGACUUUUGUGUCCUUGCAGCUCUUUUAAAUAUAUCUCUGCCAUCAGUAGUUUAAAGCUCAUUAAUCAUUAAAUAAAUAAAGCCACGAUUUGCAUGAAUGCAGCUUGUUUUUCUAUAACUUGACACUGAGUGGUGGGAAAUGAAUUAGUGCUGAUUAUCAGCACAGAUAAAUUUGGGUCCUGGUCUUUGCUGUCAGGGCUCUGGAUCAACCUGUUUGAGGAGCUCAGUCUGAUAAGUCAUUAUCUUUCAUUAAAUCACUUCUUAAAACUUAUUUUUAUCCACUGCUCUAACAAUUAUUUUUGUUUUAUAUGCUGUACAUCUUAAAUUUUAAUCUCAUGUUUUAUUUUUAUUCCUGUAUGUUUAUGUUUGUUUGUGUAAACCAUUCUGUGAUGUUGGUUUUGAGAAGUUUUAUACAUUUCUCAAGGGAGGGUGGUGGGAUGACAGAUUAAAGUAAAAUGUAUCACUCCCAA